AUGACUGUCUCCCAUUAUAGCAGUAUCGAGCUCACAUCCGAGAGUGUCGACGACCUCGUCAGUCGCAUCACCACUGCACUCGUCAACCUCCAAGGUCCCGAGCAGUACAAGUACAAGGCGCGAGAUGGACGUAUUGUGGACUCGAUUUCGUGGAACUUUUGGGAAUGGCAGCAAGCGAUUGGCCUUUACGGGCUGGUCAAUUACUAUGCACUCAAGUCGGCAACCAACCCUAAUGACCCGCACGCGGUGACCACGCUCCGUCUGGUCAAGGACUGGUACGCAGCUCGAGCGGCCGAGGGUUGCACCACCAAGAACAUCAAUACCAUGGCCGUGUUCCUUUCUCUAGUGACCCUCAUGGAUCUCGACAAUACCCGCGGUGGGGUCUUCACCCCUGUGGAGCGCGAGACGUACCUCGGCUGGAUCGACGAGUGGGGCGAGUGGGCCAUGAAUGACCUUGACCGCACCGAAAUGGGAGGGUUUCAGCACAUUACGUUCCGGCUCGUCAACGAAAACCAGCUGUGGGAUGACACCCUCAUGAUGACUGUACUGUCCUUGGCCAAGAUUGGCAAGCUUCUCAAUCGACCGCAGUACAUUGAAGAGGCCAAAUUCCAGUUCCUCCUGCAUGCGCAGUACUUGAUGGACACCAAGACGGGUCUGUGGUAUCACGGCUGGGAGUUUACCGGUGAUGGCAGUGGUAGUGGCCACAACUACGCCGAAGCGCUGUGGGCAAGGGGCAACUGCUGGAUCACUCUUGCAAUUCCCGACUUUUUGGAGCUCGUCAAGCUGGAGCCGUCAGACCCAGUGUAUCGUAUGCUUGUGGGAACCCUCACUCGCCAGGUCAAUGGAAUGUUCGGACGGCAGGAUCCCGCCACUGGACUGUGGCGUACGCUGGUCGAUGAUGAUGGCAGUUAUGUGGAGACGAGUGGAUCGGCAGGUUUUGUGGGUGGUAUUUUGAUGGCUGUCCGACUGGGCCUACUCGACCGUGCAAAGUACCUUCCCAUGGCACUGGCUGGCCUCAAGGGCUGCAUUGCACAGGUGCAGCCCAAUGGCGAGGUCGCCAACGUGUCCAAGGGAACGCCUGUGGGACUUGACCUGGACUUCUACCGUACAAUUCCCAAGCUUACGGUGCCGUAUGGGCAGAGUCUGGUCAUUUUGGCUCUGGGUGAGUGGUUAAGGCUGCAGGAGGCGGAUGCCGCGGAGAAGUAG